UAAGACUUGUUUUCACUUCAAACCACUGUUCCAAAACUAAUCAUGGUCUAAAAUUUGGCUAUUUGAAUAAAAGUUUUGAUUGAAUAAAACAAAAUAAUUUUCUUAUUAGGUUAUAAAAACACAAGAUGCCGAAAAAAUGACCUGUUGGUUGCCAGUUGUGGUCGGCUUCGUUGCCCUGUUGUCGACGUGGUUGGGGAGUGUGUGCUGUUCUGCGGAGGGCGGAGGAGUGUGGUUCUGCUCCUCCGACUUCGACUGUGCCUGGAAUGCGAGGCUGUUCGGGCCCGAGUAUAACGAGAGAGACUACUCCGACUACACUAAGUGCUGUUCUGACAACCAGUGUCACAAGACCUGCGAAUGGCAUCUUGUGGUGUUCCUGCUGGUGUUCGUGGGGCUUCCGAUGGGGCAGUGUGUGUGCACAGUCGCAAUCAUGGGCGUGGUUGUCUACUGUGCCGUCAAAAUGGCUUACAAAAACAACCGCACCGUGCCCCCACCACCACCACCCACCUCACAGCAGUCGCACUCUCCUCGGGGGAGUCUGCCGGACUACCAGCAGAGUCUGAGAGCCCCCCGCAUCCUCAUGUCCCCCGUAGAGGCGGAUGACUCACAUGACUCACAAGCACCCCCUAGACCCCAGAAGCCGAGCCGAGCUAUGUUCGGGUUCGUCCAACAGUGAUCGUGAAAUGAACCCGUCAUCUGUACAUGUGAAAUGCGAAGACGAUGUAGAAAUACUGGAAAGAUUCCAAUAAUAAACUACUCUGAUGAAUUAAUUCUGAAUCACU